AUGGUUCACUACGUCUCCGCCUCGGCAUUGACUUCGCAGAAGAGCCUGGCCCUCCAGUCCCACCAGCAGCUGAGCUUUGGCAACUCCUGCGGGCGGCGGGCAACAUGGGCGAUAUACGUGACUGUCCGCCAAAAUUGGCAUCUGUCGGCUCUGCUCAAUCGUCCCGAUGUGGUAUCCAUUGGCAUUGUUUGGGACUCGGAACGUCCUGCCGCGGAUCAGGUUCAUGCCGUGCUCAAGGCCGUGGGCACCAGUCUCCGUCUGGGUGAUGUCUUCCAUCAGGUCAGCGAGCAGAGAUCACAACAGACGCAGCACGAGCUGGUGGGGAUUGUAUCCUACUACGGCAAGCACUACACCACCUUUUUCUUCCACACCAAGCUCAAGGUGUGGGUGUACUUUGACGAUGCCAAUGUCAAGGAGGUGGGUCCAGCGGGAGGGUUGGUGGACAAGUGCAGUCGAGGACGCUAUCAGCCGCUGCUCCUGCUCUAUGCCGUGCCCCAGCAGCCUUCGUCGUCAUCGAUCACCGGAGGAGGUCUGGAGGGAAUGCCUGCCACCACAUUACCCACACCAGUGGCUCCCACCAGUGCCUCUGUGGUGCGUCGGGCGGUGACUCCCAGUCCGGAGAAGCCCUGUUUGGGCAACACGAGGCGUGCCAUCACGCCAACGCCACUGCGAACGCCGGCCACUAAUGAUUACCAGAACCUGAGUGUCAUUCAGAAGAACAUCUUCCCCGGAUCCGAUGAGACGGAUGCCUACAUCAGUCGCAAAACCGUGGAGCAUGUCCUGAGUGCGCAGUACCAGAACCUGAGCGUGAUUCAGGACAAGAUCGGGACACAGGGACAGAUGGCAGUAGGAGGACAAGGACCAGGAUCAGGAUCAGGACAGGCAGUACAGUCCGGAGCCCUGGACAAGGAUGGCGGCUUCCUCAGUCGCAAACCCAUCGAGGCGGUGCUCAGUGCCCAGCUGGCACGUCGCCAGCAUCUUCAGCUGCAGCGUAGCCACAGUGCCGAGUCGAGUUCUGGCCAUGGCAGCCAUGGUUCCUCCCACACCUCCUCCAAUGGCAGCUCACCGCCCAGCGAUGGCCUCACCAUGCCCGAGCAUCUCAAUCAGCCGCGGCGCAGGGAUUCAGGCAACUGGUCCGGGGAUAGGAACAGUGCCAGCUCCGCCAGCUCCACGACCCUGGAUAAUCCCUACCUGUAUAUGGUGGCCAAGCGAGGUGGUGUGGCUGCCGUACCGCAGAGUCCAACACGUCAUGGAUUGCCCUAUGAUCCAGGCUAUGAUUCCUUCUCGCUAAGCUCCACGGACUCGUAUCCACCGAAGCAUACGCUAAGGGAUCCUCAGCUGGCCAAGAUACCAGAGGCAGCCAUGGGUAUGCCGGCACAUGCAGGACAUCCAGGCCUUGGAGGACUUGCCGCACACAAUGGACACGGACUGGCCUUGUCCGGGGACUGCGAGAAGCUGUGUCACGAGGCCGAUCAGCUGCUGGAGAAGUCGCGGCUGGUGGAGGAGUCUCACGAUCUGGAAACCGCUUUGGUUCUUUGCAAUGCCGCCGCCGGACGGGCACGGGCUGCCAUGGAUGCACCAUACAGUAAUCCGCACACCAUGACCUUUGCCCGAAUGAAGCACAACACGUGCGUGAUGCGAGCCAGGAGCCUGCAUCGUCGCAUCCUGGUGGAGAAGGGUGCCGAAACGGAGGCCAUGCCAGAGCUGAAGCAUAUGCGGGAGGGCAGUACCAGUAGCGUGAAGCAUGUGCGCCAGAACAGCAAGGAUCGCACGCUGGACAAGGAGCAGCAGCAGCAGCAUCUGCAGCAGCAGCAGCAGCAGCAACAAUUCCAGCAGCUGCAGCAGCAAAUCCCCGCCAGCAUCGAGAUCUAUGCCACGCUGCCCAAGCGGAAGAGUCCGCUCAAGGCUCUGGCCGCCGCCUCCGCAUGCGAUGACAAUGCCAUUGAGUACGAGCAGGAGCGGGAGAAGGUCAGCGAGAAGGACAAGGAGAAGCAGGGAACACCCGGCAAGCCAGAGCGCGAGAGUCGCUCAUUGUUUGGACGCCGGGACAAGGACAAGGACAAGGACAAGGAGAAGGAGAAGCGAAGCCGGAGCGAGGAUCGCAACAAGCUCACCCGUGAGUUCUCGCUCACCGAAACACUGCUGGUCAAUGCCAAGGACACGCUGAAGAAGCACAAGGAGGACAAGGACGAGAAGAAGGAGAAGGACAAGAGCGGCAAGAAGCAGCACAAGAUCCGGCGCAAGCUUCUAAUGGGUGGCCUCAUACGCCGCAAGAAUCGCUCCAUGCCGGACCUCACCGAGGCGGAUCUCACCGAGGCCACGCACCAUCCCCACGCACAUUCCCAUCAUCAUCCGCAUUAUCCGGCCAUGGCCACCGCCGGCUCGCAGCUCCUCCUGGGCAGCUCCGUGGACGACAGCGCCGUGGGUCUGGGCAAGCACAGCCAUGGCCUGGCCCAUUCGGCCGCCAUGAGUGGCUACAUCUCCGAGGGACACUUUGACUAUCCACGGGAGAAUGGCGGAGGAGCUGCUGGCCAGGCGGGAGCCGGUGCGAAUCCGAAUCCCAAUCUGGAGCGCAGCAAGCUGAUGCGCAAGAGCUUCCAUGGAAGCGGCCGUCAGCUGACCAUGGUGCCCAAGGUGGCUCCGCCGCCGCCCAUGCGCACCAGCUCCACGCUGACCCCCCAGCAGCAGCAGCAGCAGCAGCAGCAGCAGCAGCAGCAGCAGCAGUUCCACCACGAGGCCAACCUCUCCAACCUGUCCGCCAUGAGCUCCAACACUUCCAUUAGCGAGGAUUCCUGCCAGACGAUCAUCACCACCUGUGCCCAGGUCCAUUCCGAGCAGAGUCCCCUCAAGGAUCAGCUGCAGAUGCUGGGCCAGGACCUGCCCCUGCCACCGCCAAUGGAACUGCCCCCAUAUCCCAGUCCGCCGCACUCUGCCUGCCAUUCGCGGCAGGCUAGCGAGGAUUUCCCGCCGCCACCGCCACCAGAACUGGAUUUGGAGCCACUCAACCAGCAGCUUUGCCAGCUGCAGGCAUUGGAGGCGGCCAGCAAGCAGCAGCGUCAGCAGUUGGACUCCCUGGAGGGCACCACCAGCAUCCUGGCCCAGCUGCAGCAGCGCCAGCAUCUGCUCAAGCUGCGCAAGGAGCAGCAACAGCAGCAGCCGAACGGUGGCCAUCCCGCGGAUGCCACCUGGCUGAAGGAGCUGCAGGCGAAGCAGGCCAGCGAUCUGAGGGCCAUGCAGCGCAAACUGGAGGCCUCCUCGCCGUCCAGUGUCCGGGAUCUGGCGCAUCGAUUCGAGCAGACGCAGAUCCGGUCGUAUGCCUCCCAGGAGUUGCUCUCACAGCCGGCGGCCCAGCUGCGCACGCAGAUGAAUGGCCUGCCCAGCGCCAAGCUGGAUGUGGAUGAAGUAGACUCGAGGCCCAUCCUAGGACUCCACCAGCAACACCAGCAACAGCAGCAGCAACAGCAGCAGCAGCAGCAGUUGGUGUUGCCCAAGCCCAAGUAUGAGAUGAGCCAGUCGCAGAUCGCAGAGGAGAUCCGCGAAGUGGAGCUGCUCAACACGAUGGUGCAGCAGAGUCUCCAGCAGAAUCAGCCACCCAAGCGGGUCAAGAAGAAGAGUGUGUCCUUUUGCGACCAGGUGAUCCUCGUGGCCACCGCCGGCAAUGAGGAGGACGAUGACUUCAUACCGAAUCCCAUCUUGGAGCGGGUCCUACGCACCGCCCAGCAUCCCAACGAGAAAGUGAGCGGCGUCACAGCCCAAAUGAUCCAGCAGCAGCAGCAGAACAUGCUUCGGCUGCAGACAGAGGCACAACCCAGACAGCAGCAGCAGUUGCAGCAGCCACAGUUGCAGCAGCAACCAUCACCCAUGCUGGGCAGGCCAGCAGCUGCAGCUCCACCCAAUGCGGAUAUGCAGCGCUAUGUCCAGAGGAUACAGCACCACCAGGAGUUGAUUCGCCAGCAGCAGCAACAGAAGCAACAGCAGCAGCAGCAGCAGCAGCAACAUCAGAUGCAGCAGCAACAGCAGAUGCAGCAGCAACAUCGCACCAGCAUGAACGGCCUGGCCAGCCAGCAGGUGCAGCACCUACAGCAGCAGCAGCCAAUGGAUAGCCAGUACACCAGCAUGCCCAGACCCCUGCACCACAACCAGAUGCUGGCCCAGAGCUACUCCGUGCAGCUGCAGAAGCACCAGCAACUCCAGCAGCAGCAGCAGCAGCAGCAGCAACAGCAGCAGUCGCCCCAACUGAGCCUGGGCUACUUUAGCAACGGCUCUGUGGCAAUCUCGGAGCAAGUGCCCCUGCCCUCACCCUACCAGCGUGUGCCACUGCCCCAUGGCUACCCGGCAGCAGCUGGCGGUCCAGGACUUGCUCCAGGACCUGCUACCGGUGCCGGCCCAGCAACCGGACCCUAUUUCCCACUGCCCAAUGUCCAACAGCACCAGCAGCAGCAGCAGCAGCAACUCCUACAGCAGCAACAACUGUUGGCAGGGAAACCGGCCGCCAAGAAGGUGAGCUUUGAGCCAGGGACCAAGGGCGAAGCCGACUGCCUGCCACCGCCACCGCCCCCGCCUCAGACCAAACUAGCCCUGCAGAAUGGUCUGCCCGAGGCAGCAGCAGGAGCAGCAGCAGCAGCAUCAUCGCUUAAUGGUGUUGCUCCAGCUCCAGGAUCAGCGCCAGCAUCCAUCACUGCCAUACCCACCCGCGUCUACAACAAUGCCAUUGUGAAGGCCUCGGCCAAGGCCGUCGAGUGCAAUCUGUGCCGGAAGCGGCAUGUGAUUGCGCCGGCGGUGUACUGCACCAACUGCGAGUACUACCUGCAGAUGCUCAAUCAGCGCAGGUGAUGAUCAGGAUCAGGAUCAGGAUCAGGAUCACGAUCUGCAGAUGCCUCGAUCUAGUGCAACUUUCUAGCCGUACAUGGAACCCGUUAAUCUCAAGCAACGCAAUGCUGCCACAAGGAUGUACAUAGCCAGGAUAACUUAGCCCGUAAGCCCGUAAGGAGGAGCAAAAGGAGCAACAGCUGCCGCCAGGAUAAUUGGAUUGCGAGAG